AUGGCUGAAGGGGGCGCCGGGGGGAAUGAGCCGCCGCGCGAGCAUCCUCAGAACCUGCAGGGGCUGCUGCAGAUGGCCAUCACUGCUGGCAACGCCGAGCCCAGCCAGCUGGAGCCCAUGUCUGACGAGCGACGGCAGUGGUUGCAGGAGGCCAUGGCCCAGGCGUUCAGGGGGCAGCUGGAGGAGGUGGAGCAGAUGAAGGAGUGCCUGCGGGUGCUGGAGGCUGUGUCCCCUGUGGGGGACGGCGGGGAGACCUCAGAGCCAGCCGAGGGGGACCCCUCCCGCCAGGCCAGCGCGCUGGAGCUGCUAGCUGAGCUGUGCGAGAACCUGGACAACGCCGCAGAUUUCUGCAAGCUGGACGGGAUGCGGCUGCUGGCUCAUCGCUACCUGGAGCACCCCGUGCCGGAGCUGCGCUGGCGCGCCGCCCACCUCGUGGGCACCUGCGCCCAGAACGUGCCCAAGGUGCAGGAGCAGGCCCUGGCACUGGGCUGCAUGCGCAAGCUGCUGCGCCUCUUGGACCACGACGGGGCCGACGCAGUGCGCGUCAAGGCGCUCUUCGCCAUCUCCUGCCUGGUGCGCGCCCAGGAGGGCGGCCUGCAGCAGUUCCUGCGGCUGGACGGCUUCUCGGUGCUGAUGCGCGCCAUGCAGAGCCCUGUGGAGAAGCUCAAGGUCAAAUCCGCCUUCCUGCUGCAGAACCUGCUGCUGGACCACCCGGAGCACAAAGAGACCCUGUGCUCCAUGGGGAUGGUGCAGCAGCUGGUGGCUCUGAUCCGCUCUGAGCACAGCCCCUUCCAUGAACACGUCCUGGGGGCCCUCUGCAGCCUGGUGACGGAUUUCCCCCAGGGGGUGCGGGAGUGCCGGGAACCGCAGCUGGCGCUGGAGGACCUGCUGAGGGAGCGCUGCCAGCUGCUGCAGCAGCAGGAGGAGUUCCAGGAGGAGCUGGAGUUCUGUGAGCGGCUCCAGCGUGUCUGCUUUCAGACACCCCCUGAGGAAAGCAGCAUGGAUCGGUGA